CUCAAGCAUUGAUGCUCUCUGCCAGUGCAGACUGGGUGCAUGGCACACAGGCAGUGAUCUGCUGUUUACUUAAGGUAUUUCUCUACAGAUCGGGGGCUGGUUGUAUACAAGUGUAUUAGACCAGCAAAAGGAAUGCCACCCUUUACACCGCAGCUCGGGUUUGCUGCCACAAUCAAUAGCGGACCUUUUAUUUGAGAAUCACUGCUUAUCCGGUGGCUGGAGGGACCGCUUUCAGUGACGGAACCGCAGCUGACAGCUAGUAAACAGAAGACUCAGGAAAUAGGACUCGCCAUGCUGUGAACCACGCUCAGAACCCUGUAUGCGAAUCCACAGCCUAAAGACUUGUAUCUCUUUUCCACUUGUCCAUAACGUCUCUCUCUAGAGGAUGCCCAAUCCAAUCAUACUCCAUUAAUUAGAUAGCCAUGUGGACUUCACUGUAGCUCUGCCUGAAUUACAGUCUUGGGUGGUGUGCUGUUGACAGGCACAUCCUAAAUGAAAUCUAUUUAUUAUUUUUCCCAUGGAACUGGAAUAUAAAUCUACAGCAGUUUACUGUAUUCAGCUGCAUUACACAGUUAAUCUGGGCAGCCAAGAUUGUGACGACAGUAAAGUGGAACUGGUUUCUUGAAAUGAGACCACACGCUUUAGGAAUGGAGGGCCCUGGCACAAGACUUGAACCUCUCAAAUUAGCUUCCUUAACCAAAGAAAUUCUGUUGCACUUAUAAAUAAAAAAAAAGACCACUCCGUCUGCUAUAAACAGCAUGGAGCUCUCGUGUUGAUAUUUAGUAAGCAGGCUGAGUGCCCCUUUUUACACUAACUGUGCAAAGUUUCUAGAGGCUGAUUUGAAAUUUCAUCUGUCAGCCACGUCUGUUUCCCUUGCUGCAUAUACAUUUAUACAGACUGAGGCCCCAGCUGGUUUCAAUUGGCUGCUACCAAACCGUUUGAAAUGGACGGGCAGGAAGUGGAGGAUAUCAGCCCGGCGUUGGAGGUCACUGAAGACUUCCUACACUGUUUUGACUGCCCUGUAGAGAACGGACAGCAGCAGCAGCAGCAUGAGAAUUACAGCAUACAGGAGGUGCCUGAGCUCGCUGGGCAGAAGGGCUUCAUGAGCAAGGCUGGGAAGACUCACGCAGUCGAGAUCCGAAACAGUUCCCUCCAGAGCAACGGCGGCACUUUCUGGGGCUUGCUGAGCAAGGAGCAGCUGAAUAAGGGCCGCGAUGCAGCCGCCAACAACCUGGAGUGGGCAGAGAAGAAAGAGGUGCCCUCCUUCAACAUCUUCAGCAUGUGUCAGGGCAGAAGGAGCAGGAGCAGGGCCCGUUCCACCAACGACCUGGCGAGCCAGGCCAAAGAAUCGGCAGCCUUCACACGUGGGCACAACCGCUCAAGGUCCGACGCAAAUUACAAGUCUGUCCCCGAUAACGGAGUCCCCUCCCUGGAGAGGAAUCUGGCUGUCGUCAGUGACCUGCAAAGGAAAGAAGCUUUUCCAAACAUUGUGAAGAAGGGAUACCUGGAGCAAAGGGAAGGUGUGGGCAGCCGCUGGAGCAGCUGUUACAUCGAGCUGUCCCCAUGCGAGCUGCGCAUCUAUAGCCUGGACAGCAGCGGGAACCAGCAGCUCUGCACUGCGUACUCCCUGUCCCACUGCCACAGCGUCGUGGCCACCGACAACCAGGAUGCCAAAAUAGUGGACGCCGUCUUCUUCAACAACACCCGGCUCCAGCUUCGAGCCCAGUCCCAGUGGGAAGCUCUCGACUGGGAGCAGAGGCUUUUGGAACGAAUCUCAGCAGUGCGGCCAGCUCCACAGGAGGAUAAACCCACCACCCAGGCUCCCCGGCAGCUCAGCAGGCCCACGGCCCUACCCCUGUUCACACAGCACUGCCAGGAUGUCUUGAAGACCGGGGUGCUGUAUCAGCUGACGAACCAGAACAACUGGCAGGCCUUCACCUUUGUGCUGAGUAAGAGCCACCUUGUGGCCUUCCCCACGGAGGGGAGAGGGCCUGUGUCAGACCCCCUCUUCCGUUAUAACAUUGGGACCUGCGUGGCGGUGCAGCGGGACGUGAGCGGUGGCUGCGUCUCCCGGUUCCAGGUCAUCUUCCCUGAGGAGGGGCUGUGUCUCCGAGCGGAGAGCGAGAACAAGACCCUGGACUGGGCAGAAGCCAUCAGAGUGGCUGCAGCGUUGCAGAAGGCUUCUGGGCAGCCCUCUCAUGUCACCCUCCGGGGGAAGCCUGCCAAGAACCCACAGAGGAGCAAGAGGCAGUCUGUGACCACCAGCUUCCUAGGCAUCCUCACCACCCUCGCUGUGGAGAAGGGACUCACAGCCCAGAGCUUCAGGUGUGCAGGUUGCCAGAGGCCCGUGGGGCUCUCUCGUGGAAGAGCCAAGGUGUGUUGCUACAGCGGCUUGUAUUACUGUCAGAGCUGCCACGAAGACGACGUCUUUCUCAUCCCUGCCAGGCUCGUCCACAACUGGGACACCAGAAAGCACAAGGUGUCCAAGCAGGCCAAGGAGUUCCUGGAGUUUGUGUUGGAGGAGCCCCUGAUCGAUAUCCAGCUGCAGAACCCCUGCCUGUAUGCUCACGUGGACUCGCUGGCGGCUGCCCUGCGCCUCAGACAGCAGCUCAAGUCCCUCCGAGCGUAUCUGUUCAGCUGCAGGGCUGGCGUGGCUGAGGACCUUCGAAGGAGGAUUUUCCCUAGAGAAUACCUUCUUCAGCACAUCCACCUGUACUCUCUGUCUGAUCUGCAGCAGGUUAUCGAAGGCAAGCUGUCUCCUUUCCUCUCGAAGGUUAUCAAGUUCGCCAGCUCCCACGUCUACAGCUGCAGUCUGUGCAGCCAGAAAGGGUUCAUCUGUGAGAUCUGCCAAAACGGACAAGUCAUUUACCCCUUCCAGGACACAGCUACCAAGCGCUGUGAGGGCUGCGGAGCUGUCUUCCACGCCGAGUGCCGCUCGAAGGCUCAGCCCUGCCCCCGGUGUGUGCGCAGGGAAAUGCACAAGAAGCCCCGCUCCUUCUGGAGGAAGCUGAACCUGGACGAGAGCGCAGAGGACUCCUGGAACUUCUUCGAGAUGCCUUUCCAGAGUACCUGAGGAGAGGGCCCUGCGCGAGACGGGCCCCUCCCCCCCCCCGCAGAGAGCGAGCUAGGGAGGGACCCGCCUCCGAGCCCCCAAUUCUACAAGGGAAUGUUGGGGAAUAUCAUGUUUGAAAUGUAGCUGUACAUUCCCAAACAGACAUGAAUCUAAAAAAUUCAAAGUGACCCAGAAUCACAGAAAUGACUGGAAGGUAUUUUAGGUUAGCAGGAUACGUUUUUCUAUCAUUUAAGUGAUUUAUAGUUUCCACCGUGACAAAUGAGCAGAAUUUAAUAAAAGGAGUACUGCAAGUCUGACGCAGAGUGAACCUUCACUCUGAAAAGGUACAAUGCAGAAGAAUAACUGUCAGCAAUGUGUAACAUGACUACCGUGCUGGGUAGCUACCUUUGUGUAACAUGACUACCAUGCUGGGUAGCUACCUUUGUAGACCUCUGGGAACAGCGAGUCAGAACCUGCUCAAAUUCACCAGUUUGUCACAUCGCUGAUGGUUUCCUUCUAGAAAAACAAUAGCCAGUGCUGAAGCCCUGCCAGCCUUGUUAAUAAACAUGGCCUCUCUGUUAGCCUGGUCCCUAGUAGCAGCCUCCAAAUAGAGUGAGAUACAUUGCCUUUUCUCCCCUUUGGGGCCACCAUGUCCUGUACCCAAUACCAAACAUAAAAUGUACUUGACCCAAAGUGUAUGUGGAGAGUACCCUGUACCUAACCACAGCCACAGAAUCCUGAAAUGACCCUGUACCUAACCCCAGCCACAGAAUCCUGAAAUGGUACAACUCAUCGUCUGCUCUGGGUCUAAAGUUGAGGGAACACAAAGCCACUUUGUGGUUUGGAACUUGUUUCAGGAGACUAGAAACAGCAACGUUGCCUCAAACUAGGCCUUCCAGUCUCAUAGAACCAGGUUUCAAGCCACUGUUCCUGAAAACGUGUCUCAGUGUUCCCUCAGCUUUAGAGUGCUUUGGGCUGAAACGGAAUUUGUUUACGGGGUGAUUACGACAUGUGAUAUUGUGUUGAGUCUUCAUGAAUCACUAGGGAAUAGACUUUGAUCCUGGCUCCUGGUGCUCAGUUCUUGACACUGCAGUUGACUUUUACCUAUAGGAACUAGGGGGUCCUGGGACACUUCCAGCUAACAAUGCCAAGGAAUAACCAUCCAGCCUGCACUCUCCACCACCAACAACAAUCACUUUGUAUCCCUUUGCAAAGUGGCUCUGAAGUCUCUAACUGCUCUGCUUCAUGUCUGCUCUGCACAGCAACUCGAUCUCAAGAUGGCUUUGUGACAGCUCUUGGUAGUGGGUUUCCAUCGAACCUGAAACUCUGGUGGUGUUUUCUUCUUUGAUUGGAUCUCAAGUAUGAGGGUGCAUUAGAGAAGGACAGCUAGUGUGCGUUGGAUGGAAAUUGGUGCAAUAGUUGUAAAAAUGACAUAAGAGCAAACGGGUUGGGUGAUCGGCAAGAUUACAUUACCACUCAAAAAUAACUCCUCCUCCACUGGGAAAUCCUGUAUGUGUAAGAAAUGAACAGCAGUGUGCUCUAGCAAAUGAACAGCAGUGUGCUCUAGCAAAUGAACAGCAGUGUGCUCUAGCAAAUGAACAGCAGUGUGCUCUAGCAAAUGGACAGCAGUGUGCUCUUGCAAAUGAACAGCAGUGUGCUCUAACAAAUGAACAGCAGUGUGCUCUAACAAAUGAACAGCAGUGUGCUCUAACAAAUGAACAGCAGUGUGCUCUAACAAAUGAACAGCAGUGUGCUCUAGCAAAUGGACAGCAGUGUGUUCUAGCAAAUGGACAGCAGUGUGCUCUAGCAAAUGGACAGCAGUGUCCUCUAGCAGUUUCACCUCCUCACUGGAGCCUUAAAGGCAGUAGCAAUGCAAAGCGGUUAACUUUGUCUGUACCUGGCAAACCUCGAUGUAAAACAGCCCUGUCAACGGGCAGUCCUCACCAGAACAGAUAUGUUGUAUUAUAAUAAGAUUUUUUGAAUUACUUGAAAACUGAGGCAAUAAUGAACUGCAUUAUGUUUACAGUAUAUUUUAUGCUUUUAAAGUGCAGCUUUUUUUGUUAAUUUUUACAACAAAGUGUUAACUUUUCCCUAUGCAACCAGAUUGUCCUUGCUUGUGUGCAUUAACCCAGGAAUCUGAUUCGUACAGGUUUCCAGCACUCCAGAUCAACUUUUUUCCCUUGUUUUGUUUUUUUCUGUUCCUUUACUUCCAUGUUUGACCAGCAGGACGGGCUAUUAUUUUAAAUUGACUAUACCAUUAUGUGAUGAGAAGCCAGUAAGACUCAGAAAAUAAGACUCCCAUUGUAUAGCAGUGUGAUCCAUUCCUGAUUUUACUAUGACUUUAAUAAGACACCCCUGAACUUACCUAUACCCUGUGGCUAAUCAAGCUUGUAUUAAAACCUGCAAUGGGUGAAACUGCUUUGCAGUAGGGGGUCUUAUUUCCGUCACUGGAAACUUGUAUUGUUUUGUCUGUUUGUGAUUCUUUCAUGUUACUGUUCUGUUGCCACUGAAGGCUACUAUUAAUGAAAGCUCACUACUCCGGGCUAUGAUAUCCACUGUUAUUGUGAAAGCCAUAGAGGUUAAGGAUCUGUUGUAAACCAUUAAUAAUGCAUCUAUAAAUGUGCUUUAGAGCAGCGCUUUUCAAACCUGGUCCUGGGGGCCCCCUGUGUCUGCUGGUUUUCAUUACAACUGAGCUCUCGUUUACUGAACUAGACCCUUAAUUGAACUGAUCAUUUGCUUAAUUAGACCUUUUCAUUGUUUUCAGCUGUUAAACAGUUGCAGAAUUCAAGUUACUUAUAAACUGUUAUAGCAAACUUGAAAUCUGCAACUGUUUAAGAGCUGAAAACAAUUAAAAA